AUGAGCCUAGCCUUAGGGUUCGUGAAGCUGCGCUCGCUCACAUGGUGUGAUUCGGAUCUCACCUCCAUCCUAACACUCAAACUCUUCUUACCCACCCUCGAGGCACUCUCCUUCAAGUUCUACAUCGAUAAUGAACCAUUUUUCAAGGCUGUCAUUCCUGGCCUCCGUACCGCCGCCCCACGCCUCAAAGCUCUAGAGUUCAGAGGCAUGAGUCCGACUAGUGACAGCACCUCGGAAAUUGAGUCGCUGUUGCUCAGUUAUCCUGAGGGUCUCACAGCGCUGUCGUUACCAUGCUGUGAUAUCUCAAGCAGCCUGCUUCAUCACAUCGCCCCGUGGACACGCCUUCAAUGGCUCACCUUGAAGCUGGGCCACAACAGCAUCCCCACUGUACCUUUCCAUGCAUAUGCGUCUCAGCCCUUUCUGGCGCUCACUCACCUACAUAUCUUGUGCGAGGACUUAGGCCGUUUCGUAUCUUUCCUGCGUGCCUUCCAGAUUAUCAGGAUGAAUUCUGAUACGCGUUCCUUUGGAUACCCCAACCUCAAACAAUACAUCAUUCUCACCCGCACAAACUUAGAGCACCUCAUUCUAACCGAGUCGUGUCACCAUCAAGCGUGCCCCAAUGCAUCCUCAUCUUUUGAUCUUCACCCCCUACUCAUUGACCCCACCGCCCUCGCAGACCUCAAGACCCUCGUCAUCUCUCCCGUCAAGUCCUCGUCCAUUGCGCUCACCGACUCCGACAUCCUCAUACUCGCUCGCACAUGCCCAUACCUCGAAAUCCUGAGAGUGUGCAACACGCCCGUAUCCCUCCAUGCCUUACGCAUCCUCGCGAGUUGCUGCCGUGAGUUGUGCGAGGUCUCACUCUGCUUGGAUGCGCGACUUGAUGCCCUCGGGGCGGCACCUCCAGACAACGAUCAAGUGGCUCUGAAACCCAACAUGCGCCUCAUAAAGCUACUCAUCGGGCCGUCGCCCAUCGCAUGCGUGGGCCCCUUGGACCCUCCGACGGCGCCAGACCUUAUGAGGUCAAUCCCACGCUUCCUGAAUGCGAUGGUGCCGCGGCUUUCGACCUUCUUUCGGAUGCCAGGUGAGGAGGAGUCCCGAAAGAUAUAUCAGGAGAGAUGGUAUGCGGUAUUAACCACUUUGUCGGCGAUGGCGAAAGGUGAAGUUGAGGAUAGUGACUGA